UACGUUUUUACAGUUCGAUAAUCGAGCACUUCCCGAGAGGAUCGAAGGCUCCAGACCUGCGUAAACCACGAAGGAUCUACAGUACCCCUAAAUAUACAGCCUUUAGGCUAAAAGAAAGAAAAUAAGAAAGAAGAAAACCCAAGCAAUUCUGCGUGUUAUGUGUUAUCGUUGUGAUCAGUGAUCAGUGAUCAAGUGAAAGUGAACACAAGAACGAGAGAGAAAGCCAAGUGAAUCAGCUCGACGCCAAUCGAAAAGGAUAUAAAUCAGAGACAAUGUCGGACAUUGAGGAUGUUUUCGGUGGCUCCGCCGAGGAGACCAAGCCCGAACCCGAUGGCCAGAGCAAAACCAGCGUGGUCACCGAGCACACCGAGGAGGUGAUUCCCGGCGAGACCGAGAAAAUGGUCACGGAGACCAUCGAUGAGGAUGGCGAUGUCGUGGAGGAAACCACCGAAGUUACCCGCAAAACGGUGAAGCGCACCAUGAAGAUCACUGAGACUUCUGCCACCACAAAGACAACCACGCUCACCACCCCCGCCAAAUUGUAUGGCAAGGAUCUGAGUGAGUACGAUGAUGUGGACGUGGAGAGCCUGCUGGCCCAGCUCUCCCCCGAGGAGAUAACCAUACUGGCCAAAGAAGUGGAUCCCGAUGACAACUUCCUGCCGCCAGACCAGCGCAACAGCUAUGAGUGCACCAAGGAAGCCACCGGGCCUCUCAAUCGCAAGCAGCUGAUCGAGCACAUCAACAAGCAGGCCAUCGAGACCCCGGAUCAGCCGGAGUUCGAGCCGUUCGUUCAGGGCAAGGUUCGUGGAAAGAAGUGGGUCCCACCGCCAAGGGAUGCCCGCGACAUCGAGGCCGAAGAACAAAUCGCCAUCGACAUGGGCGAGGAGUACGAACAUGCCCUUAACGAUGCCACGCAGGAGGAGAUCAUCGAUCUGGCCGCCAUCCUCGGCUUCCACUCGAUGAUGAAUCAGGACCAGUACCACGCCUCUUUGCUCAACAAGGGUCAGCCCGUGGGCCUGGGCUGGGAUGGCAUCACCAAAUCCACUCAGCAGAAGCUCUUCCCUAUGGAUCCGCCCAACAACACAGAUGUGGAGGAGUCCAUCAAGCGGGUCAAGGACGAUGACUCCAAGCUGAUUGACCUCAACUUGAACAACAUUAAGAACAUCUCGGACGAGAAGCUCGAGCAACUGUUUGCCGCACUGCCUCAGAACGAACAUCUGGAAGUCCUCUCGCUGACAAAUGUGGGCCUCACCGACAAGACAGCCCUCCUGUUAGCCGCGGCCAUAGAGAAGAGCAAAACCCUGAGAGUAUUAAAUGUCGAGACCAACUUCAUCAGUCCGCCCGUGAUUGUUAAGUUGGUGCAAGCCCUGCUCAAGUGCCACACCAUCGAGGAGUUCAGGGCCUCCAAUCAGCGGUCUGCGGUGUUGGGCAACAAGAUCGAGAUGGAAAUCACCGACCUGGUAGAGAAGAAUUCGUCGCUGCUGCGCCUCGGUUUGCACCUGGAGUUCAACGACGCCCGCCACCGAGUGGCCGCUCACCUGCAGCGCAACAUCGACAGAAUAAGAAAAGAUCUUGAGUUGCGACUGCAGUUCAGAUUUUUCAAUAAUCUGCAUAGAAAGUCGACAAGAAUUCAAUAAGCAGACCAGAAAUCAAGCAGCUAAACCAUUUUUAAAGCGUUUUGUAAUCUAAACCCAAAGAACCGAAGAAAAACAAGCACAUAACAACGAAAGAACGUGUAUAAUAUAAUAUAUAUAUAACAAGAAGAAGGAAGCAGGAGCACAAGUUUAAGCUAAAGAUAAAGCAGCCCACGAGCUUGCCAAAAAAUCUAUAUCUAUAUACUCUAGAGACUUUAACUAAGCAAAGCAAACUGAAACCAAAGAAACGAAGUGAAAUAUCAAACUAAAAACAUAUACCACAUAUAUCGAUAAAGAUCGCAGAUCGAGCAGACUCGUGAUCCAUGGAUAUAGCCUAAUACCCAUGUGCCACGAGUCAUGUUUUAGGUCGAGGCCUCUUCUAAAACCCAGCAGAAACCGUUUAGGCGUCACGUGUAUAAUUUUCUCUAACGCUUAACACAGGAAUUAAACUGCGAUGUAUGAUCUAAGUGAGUCCCCAGAUCCGAGUCAAAGUAAAGCGAUAGUAGCAGAAACCCAUAACAAACCUAGAUUUGAGACACUUUUAUGAUUCAGUAAGAAACGCCAACUAACAGCAGAAAAUAAAGCAGCACCACCGACAAGAAGAGCCAUGAAAAACUACAAAUAUAAAAAACACGAUGCAGAAUAUCUCGAACAGACGAAAAUACGUGUGAAACGCCUGAACCAGCGUAAAUAAAAAGACAAAUACGAAAUAUAUAGCAGCAACCAACCUACAACAACAUGCCACCACCCAAGAACAACAAUCAAGCAGAAAGCCAUCUAUAUGUGUGCGUGUUUCUUUGUCCGACUCUUGAUUUGAUAAUUACCAAUUAACAAGCAACACCCAGCAAGAAAAUCAAACCAAUCCAACAACACCACCAGCAAACCAGAACAACAGCAACAUGAGCAACCACGGCAACCAGAACAACAGAUCUAUGUCUAUGUCCAAAACUCCCCCACCAACCGACCUCUGUACUCUACUCCCCGAAAACCAAUCCAACCAACCAGCUGUGAACUAACACCGAAGAAUGAUGUGCGACAUGAAUUGGACGUCAGCGUCGCAUGGGACACCUGACCAGGAACUACACCGUUGGCGUCUGGCAGUAGGAUUCAUCCGACUGGGACUUUGGAGUCUACACAUUUUACACCGAAAGAAAUCAAUAGCCUAUCAAUAGUGUUGUCACAUGCUUGUUGUUGCUCUCACGCAGAGAAUUGUUCUAUAUUGUUUUGUUCAGUGUUUGUUGCGUUCUUCAGAUUGAUGAUUUCGGUUCGAGUUGUGUUUGUGUUUGGAUCACCACCUAAGCAUAAUCAUUUGUUUGUUACGAGUUAGGCGAAUGUUCAUUGUCACACACGCAGAUCCAGGAUUAACUUUCUAUCUGGCAGCUCUAAGUAGUUAUUUCCUUAAGCAAAUCUUCACAUUUACGCUGCAGCUAUACACACGUUUAUUUUAUUUUAUUUUAUUUACCUACCAUUCUGUCCCUUGAUUAUUUGUA